GGCGGGGCGGGGCCGGGCGGGGCGAUGAGCGGCGGCGGCGGCCGGGGGCAGCGCGGGGGCUCGGGGGCGCGGCGCGGAGCGCCCCCGGGGCCGUGGAGGCAGCAGAAGCUGGUGCAGAUCCACGAGGCGCUGAGCAGCGACCCGGUGGGCGUGGAGCGCCUGCGCGCCGCGGCCGCCAGCCCAGGGGGGCUGCUCACGGACGAGCUGCGCCGCCGCGUCUGGCCCAAGCUGCUGGGCGUCAACGCCUACGACCUGCCCCCCAAGCCAGGCCGGGCCGCGUGCCGGGACCACAAGGACUACGGGCAGGUGCUGCUGGACGUGAGACGCUCCACGUGCCGCUUCCCCGCUGGCAUGCGGGCUGAGCAGCGGCAGGUGCUGCAGGAGCAGCUGGUGGACGUGAUCGUGGCGCUGCUGAGCGCCCACCCCGAGCUGCACUACUACCAGGGCUACCACGACGUGGCCGUCACCCUGCUGCUGACCGUGGGCGCGCGCAUGGGCCUGGCGCUGCUGGAGCGUCUCUCCACCCACCACCUCCGGGACUUCAUGGACCCCACCAUGGACAGCACCAAGCACAUUCUGAACUAUCUCAUGCCCCUCCUGCAGCGCGAGAGCCCUCGGCUCCACGACUUCAUGCUGAGGGCGGAGGUGGGCACCAUCUUCGCGCUGAGCUGGCUCAUCACCUGGUACGGCCACGUGCUCACCGACGUGCGCCACGUCCUGCGCCUCUACGACCUCUUCCUGGCCUCGCACCCGCUCAUGCCCGUCUACCUGGCUGCCGCAAUUGUCCUGCACCGCGAGGAGGAGGUGCUGACUUGCUCCUGCGACAUGCCCAGCGUGCACCAGCUUCUGGCCCGGCUGCCCCCCGACCUGCCCUUCGAGCGCCUCGUUGCCCGGGCCCAGGACCUUUUCCGCUGCCACCCCCACGCCGAGCUGGCCAAGCAAGCGGCUCUGCAGCACCACAAAAGCAUCUCCAUCGGCUCCUUCUCGGCGCUGCAGCUGGCCGCAUCCUGCCAGCGCCCGGACACCGUGCUACGCCAGCUGCAGCAGGACAGCAGCACCGCGCCCGGUGUCCCCAUGCCUGCCGGCAGGCACCACCCCCUGGUGAAGGCGGCCGUGUGGGGGCUCUCGGCCACGCUGGGCGCUGCGGCCCUGGCCGUCACCCAGACCGCGCUGGAGUGGGCGCCCGAGUUCCUGUUGCAGCUCUUCUAGUGCCCGACUUGCCCCCUGGGGUGACACCUUGGACUGCCCAGGGGAGCACGAGGCCUUUCCUGCCCCAGGGCUGUGGCCUGCCCACCAUGGGAGCCCCCAGACCCUCCUUGGGGUGCCCGUGGUGCCGCCCUCCCUCAGGCUCCCUUGGGCACCCCGAGGAGGGGUCUGGGGGCACCUGUGAUGCGGCCCUCCCUCAGGCUCCUGGCCUGUCUGGCACCGGUUCAGCCCCAUUGCCGGCAGCUAUGAAAUAAAGACCGGGUGUUUUCUAGUUAA